AUGGAAAAGGGUGAAGAAAGUCUGGAAGAUAUAGUACAAAAGUUGCAUAAACAAUAUAAAAGGAUAUGUGGUGUUAACUAUCCACAUGGAUAUAUACCUCCAUAUUGUCGACGGCCUAUAUGGAAACAAUUGGUAGGAAUUAUUGCAGCACUACAACGUAGCAAUAUAGCACAUAUGGAUUUAAAACCGCAAAAUAUUUUACGUGUAGGCAAUGUUCUGAAAGUUUGCGAUCUUGGUAUAUCAAAGUAUGGAGCUGGAUUUGGAAGUGAUGAAAUGUCAAAUUUUAGUGCACCAGAAGCAAUGUUACUACAAGGAAGAUAUGAUCCUAAAGUCGAUAUAUGGUCACUUGGUGCUAUCUUGUAUUACAUGACGUAUGGUAAGCAACCGAAUAGGGAUCCAGGAAAUCGUAGUUGGGAGCCACCUUAUGGGCAUCGUGUGGUAGCGGAUCCAUUGUUACACGAUGUCUUGGUGAAAACAUUACAAUAUAAACCACAUGAUCGUGCGGAUUUACAAACACUACAACGACAUCCAUAUACACGCUUGCCCUAG